UUUGUAAAGAUGGCGCUUACUAGAAGUUGUUUCAGGCUUCAGCAGCUAAAUGGUCGUAAUUUCUCCGAGCUUUUACGCUAUCCGACAAUAUAUGUCUCCCAGCUUACUAGUCACCAGUUGUCACAAUUUUUCACAACAGCGAAGAGGAGUACUUUAAGUUCAGCCAUCAUCUCAAAGGCCAAACGUUUGAACGCAAAAUAUGAACGAUUUCUGGAAAGAAACUUUCCCCGUUUUUAUGUGAUCUAUUCAAACUUUUUCCAAGGUUUCCGUCUGUUGUAUCUUGACUUCAAGGAAGUUAGCGAAAUAAAGCAUAACAUGACUAAUAAGGGACUAAAGUACAACCAGCUGCCUUACAGAGAAAUGGAAAAAUUAAGACAGUUUCGCAGAGAUGUUAUAAAGGUAGUACCAGUGGUGCUUCUCUCCAUUCCACCAUUUGCAAAUUAUGUUGUCUUUGUAUUGAUGUAUUUCUUUCCACGUCAGUUUUUAAUGAGGCACUUCUGGACCCUUGAACAGCAGCAGGAAUAUAAAGAAAUCUACCACUCAUUACGGGCUCAGGUUUACCCAGUUGCUGUGAGUGGCUUAAUCAAAGCAGCCUCAAAAGUUAACGACAAACAACUGAAACACCAGCUUAUAAAUCUUGGCAACAAAGUUCAGGAAGGCAUUCACCCAGAAAUCUCCCAGCUACUCACAGUGGUAAAGCUGUUCUCCAGACAGCCACUAGGAAUCCAUCAUAUUGAAUCACAGCAGGCGGAAGUCUUUAGUCGGGUAAUGUUUCUCACUCCACACAUGCCCUCCUUCAUCCUACGCCGUCGUCUCUGGAGCCACAUCAUGGAAAUUCGUCACUUGGACCAAGCUUUAAAUACCUUGGGAGUGCAUGACCUUUCAGAGGAUGAACUAAGAACUGCAUGUUAUGUGAGAGGCCUGAAUUCAGUGCACCUGAAUGCAGCGCAGUGCAAGGACUGGUUAUUCAAAUGGGUCCAACUUUCCAAGAGAUUAAAAGAUUCUGAAGUCUCUCUGCUGUUGCACAGCAUGGUAUUACUUUCUGCAAAUUACCUCAGAAAACUUCCAGAAAAAAGCAAGUAAACAACAAAUGCAAAACUAAGGAGUGGCUGGCCAUACAUGUUUACCCAAGACAUCUAUGUAUUGUGUUGACAAGGAUUUCUUCUUUAGUGGCAGACAAACUCUUGAAUGCAAAAGCUCGUAACUAUUAAUUUGCCUCCUGUGACGCACUGAUUAUGCUUAGUGGAAGAUUCUCCCUGAGGAGAGAAACAAAGGUGUAUAUCAUUGUUUUCUUGAAGUAUAAAUGAAUUAAUUUAAAAGAAUCUAAUGUUUUUUGGACCAGUACUUUUUAUUUUAAAGCAUGAAGGUAGUUUAUUGGAAUGCUAUAACUUUUCCUGUCAUUCUCACAAGAUGACUUUCUUUGCUACAGGUUUUAAUCACUUUAAUCCAGAGGUUGUCAAAGUGACAGUGAACCUAAAGUUUUGCUGUUGUUUUUGACAGUGGGACGGCAUUUUCAGCCAAAGGCAGGUGCCGUUGAAACAUGGAUGUGUUUCUAUGCUCACAGCCAUGAGUAAACAUUAUCACACUGCCUGGUUUAAUAUUAAGUUACAUCCAGUGUUGUGAAAUUCCUGCACUUGCAACAUAGAUACAGAGCAGGCUCACCACAGAAAACCCAGUCAAAUCAGUUCAAAUCUAAGUACUGUACUAUUUUAAAUGAAUUAUAAGUGAUAAUUAUUUCUAGUCAAUCUGUCUAAAGCUGACCAUUAGUCAUUAGCCACUGGGAUCUCUCAAACCUUUUCAGGUUUAUAUUCAGAUUUUAUUUUUUGGCUUUAUUUUCCUCCUCUUCCUUCCCACCCCCGGUACUUGAUUUGACACAGAAAUGUAUUAACUUCUAACAUGCACUGUUCUACUUUCUUUUAGGUGUUCUAUAUUUUAUCAUUUCUUUAUGUACCUUUAUAUUAUUGUUCAGGCUACAAUCCAAUAAUCUGGUGAGGGAGAUGCACAAUCACUAGCCUUGUUUGCUCAGAUUCCAGAUACCUUAUUCUUAUCUGUCACUUCCAGCAAGUUGCCUUGUAAAGUAUCACUGAUUAAUAUGGCAAAGGCACAUGUAAGUGUAACUUAACUAAGUGGUUGACGUUAUGCUCAGAAACAGCACCUCCUUCCACCUGAGUAGAAUUAUGGUAGGCCCAGGUCAGUGGUGAAUCUGAAAGUCAGUUUAUAGUAUGGAUUGUUUAUUUAAAAAUUAGUUAAACUUACUGAAGGGUGUUCUCAUUGAUUGGACAAUCACCCAAAUGACCCACACCUAUUUCUUCCUAUCCCUUUUGCCUGCCCUUAAAGCAGUACCUUCCUCCUCUCCAUUCACUGCUCAUCACUGAGAACACAGUAGGUGGACCUAAGAGCAUUCUUAUGCCUGUGAACCACCCUCCACCCCAGAAACAAUCAGGGCAAUGACACUAAAUCAAAAAUAUGAAUACUGUGGCUGCUGCAAAUCUGCAACAAAACCAGAAAUGACUGGUUAUAGACUAUAAGACAUAAGAACAGAAUUAGGCCAAUUGACCCUUCGAGUCUGCUCCGACAUUUCAUUAUGGCUGAUUUAUUAUCCCUCUCAACCCCAUUCUCCUGCCUUCUCCCAGGAACCUAUUAACGUCUAUUUUAAAGCUACCCAAUGACUUGGCCUUUAUUCUAAGGCUGUGCCCUCUGGUCCGAGUCUCCACCACUAUGGGAAACGUCCCCUCCACACCCACACUAUCUAGGCCUUUGACUAUUCUAUAGAUUGCAAUGAGUACCCCCCCCCCGCCCCCCAGCCCUCCUUUCAUACUUCUAAACUCCAGUGAUUAUGGCCCCAGAACCAUCAAAUGCUCAUAUUAACCCUUUCAUCUCUGGAUCAUUCUUGUGAAUCUCCUUUCUUGGAUAAGGGGCCCAAAACUGCUCACAAUAUUCCAAGUGAGGCCUCACCAGUGCCUUAUAAAGCUUCAGCAUUAAUUACAUGCUUUUAUAUUCUAGUCCUCUCAAAUGCUAACAUUGCAUUUGCCUUCCUGCACAAGGAUUCCCAAGUCCCUUUGCACCUCAGAUUUCUGAAUUUUCUCCCCAUUUAGAAACUAGUCAAUGCCUUUAUUCCUUCUAACAAAGUGCAUGCCCAUACACUUCCCUACACUUUUUUUUUCAUGUGCCACUUCUUUGCCCAGUCUCCUCAGCUGUCCAAGUCCUUCUGCAGACUUCCUGCUUCCUCAACACUAUGUGCCCCUCCACCUAUCUCUGUAUUGUCAGCAAACUUGGUCGCACUUGGGGGAAGCAAGAAACAGAAUUUGUGCUUCAGUCAAGUGAAGCAUAAUCCAUGGCUUAAACAUGUUAUUAGCACACUGCCAUUUCUUUAACAGCCAUAUAAUUUGUACUAAUGUAAUUGUUUUUUUUUUGUUUGGAUAAUGCUUCUUGUGUGCAGUUCCUGUGUAACCAAAUGAUUCAGGAAUUCAAUGCCUUAGAUUGGCUAAAUUGCUCACUUAGUUGGGUCGAUGAAGCAAAGCAGUUCUAUUUAUCCUGUCUCCAAAAGGUCAUCUUUAAUUAAAGAUACUACCCAUUUUAAUAUAAUAUGCAGCAGCUUAAAAAAUCUGUAAUUAUCUUUUUAUCCUAUUAUAUUUGAGGUGUCAACAAUAGACCCAUUCUUUAAAAAUUAUUUUAAUCCUAAUUUUAAAUGUUCCCACAGUUUCUGGCACACUUAUUGCUGAAUGUGGACUUUGAUUAAAUGUUACUGCACUAUUGCACUGUUAUUCAAGUGGUGAGACAUUGUUCUCUGCCAGCUAAACAGUAAGAUUAAGGCAUGAACUACACUUGGAUUCUGAUAAAAAGAAAUGCUAGGUUUACUACAUUAUAUACUUUGUUAAAGGAGAUUUGUAUCUUAAAUUCAGAGCACUGAUCUCUAUAUUACAGUAGAAAAUUGACCACUUUUCUGUCGAGGUAGGUUUCUGUCUCCAAAUUUUGUUACCUUGCUGCAUUUUGAAUAGUUAGAAUACAUGGAAAGGACUGAUUUAUUUUCCCAAAGUUGCAUUCAAUGUUGUGGUGCUUUUUGCCUUCACUUUCUAACUAUUAGCUGAAUGGUGGGCCCAGCACUUGUGCCAUUGAGUCCAAUAGCAGUGAUGAUGAAAAUAGCCUCAGUGUGCCCAUCCUUCAAAAAAAAAGUUCAAAGCAGUCCUUCCACAUUUACUACCACAAGCUACAUAAUAAAUUCGUGCAGAAAUGGACAGCUUGUUCUCUUAAAAAGUUUGAGCAUGGAUUAACAUGCUUGCCUAAAUCAGAGAUUCUAUAAACAGCCCUACAUUGCACUGCUUUUAUAUUCUAGUACUGAUUAUUUUCUGUAUUUCCUUUUGAUUCUGCACUGCACAAGACAUAUGUUUACAUUUUAAUCUUGUUUUACUGUUAUUUUUGUGAAAAUGGAUUCUUUAAUUCAAUAAGUAUUUUUAUUUGCAAAUAUACUUUAAAUGUGAUUAGAAUUGUCAAGGGAAUUGCUUGUCAAUUGAGUGCAGUUUUGGUUAAUCUCCAUGUGGAGAAACUAUAAAAUCCAUUGUAUGUGAAUAAAAAAAAAGUGUUGCUCCUUUUUGUCAUGGGAACCAAAGGUUUAAGGAGGAUCUCUAAAGAGGAAGUAGUAGAGAACAGAAACCAGAGUUUGGGCAAAUGAAUAGAGUCCAAGAGGUUAGAGUUUAAGGGUGGGGGAAAAGAGAAGGGAUAGGCAUUACUUUCCUUAUUUAUUUCAUGAUGCAUCAGUUCUUGCUGUGUAACAAUUUGACGGAUUUCUACAUUAAACUCCAGUUUGUUAACCUUAAUAAAAGUGCAUCAGGUUUCAUCUUUCUAAAUGUCCUUGUUAAAAUGCUCUCAAUUACUUCUGGAAGAGCUUUUGUCACCAUAUCUUAAUAUUGUUUU